AUUGUUUCUGUGAUCUUCGUGAUCUUGCUACUGACGGUGCUUGGGUUUUAUCUUCUAAACACAGGUACAGUUCCCAUUAAAUAUUUAAAAGAAAAAAAAAGAAUACAAUUUGUUGGAAAAAAGUAGUAUGAUAUCGCCAAUAAUACGACAAGAUGAUAGAACGGUUUGUAUUGAUUCGCUAACCCACCUAUUAUAGAAGAAGCUUUGUGAUAAACACAUACAUUUUAAUGAUGAAAUAUAAAUAUAAUUAUAUAAAUCUUUGAUGAGAUAAUAAAAAUCAAUAAUAAAUUAAUGUUGUUUAAAACUUUCUAAUUUAAUUUUCUAGCCAAACUAAUAAAAAUUAGAUCAAAUAUUUCAUUUCAGUUAAAAUCAUGCGCAAGAAAGCAAAAGCUUGUAUUCCCCAAGAGUUCAGAGAUGGCGAUGUCUACGAAGAGGUCGACUCAUUUGAUGAAGUAGAUUACAACGAGAUGAACUUGGACAAUGACAGACGCAUGAAAUCUGACAAUGGUCGCGUUGACGUUACCGUAAACAAACAUGAUGUGUUGGAAGACGCGUCACAAGGAAAAGACGGCAAUCAUUUUGGUAACAUUUACAACAGAGUGAUUGUGCAGGACACACUGUGGGAUAUCCUGGGGGUCACAUUCGAGGGUUCUUAUAACAGAGUAGGUCAGAGAGUGACGGAACAGGACGGGGGUUCUAAGGCCUUUCAGGAGACUGUUCGCGAUGACUGCACCACUGUUGUUGACGAUACUACUAAAACGUCAAAUGAAUAUGUGGUCAUGAAGAAACCUGUACGGAACCACUUCGAGUACAUUACAGUCC